AUGGAAGCACAAAAUGACACAAAAAUUUCAGAAUUUCUUCUUCUGGGAAUUUCAGAGGAACCAGAACUGCAGCCCCUCAUCUUUGGGCUUUUCUUCUCCAUGUACCUGGUCACGGUCACAGGAAAUCUGCUCAUCAUCCUGGCCACCAUCUCAGACCCCCACCUGCACACGCCCAUGUACUUCUUCCUCUCCAACCUGUCCUUUGUAGACAUCUGCUUCACCUCCACCACAGUCCCAAAGAUGCUGGUGAACAUCCAGAUGCAAAGUAAAGUCAUUACCUAUGCAGGCUGCAUUAUACAGAUUUACUUUUUUGCAUUAUUUGUAGGACUGGACAAUUUCCUCCUGGCUGUGAUGGCCUAUGACCGGUUUGUGGCCAUCUGCCACCCUCUGCACUACACGCUCAUCAUGAGCCCCAGGCUCUGUGGAUUUCUGGUGCUGGCAUCCUGGGUCACGAGUGCUCUCCAUUCCUUAUUGCACAGCUUAAUGGUGUUGCGACUGUCCUUUGGCACAGGCUUGGAAAUCCCCCACUUUUUCUGUGAACCUAAUCAGGUAGUCCACCGAGCCUGUUCUGACACUUUCCUUAAUGACCUGGUGAUAUAUGUUGCAGCUGUGCUGCUGGCUGGUGGCCCCCUCAGUGGUAUCCUUUACUCCUACUCCAAGAUCCUAUCCUCCAUCCGUGCAAUCUCAUCAGCACAGGGCAGGUACAAAGCCUUCUCCACCUGUGCAUCUCACCUCUCUGUGGUCUCCUUAUUCUAUUGCACACUCCUGGGAGUGUAUCUUAGUUCUUCUAUUACCCAAAAUGCACACUCAAGUGCCACAGCCUCUGUGAUGUACACUGUGGUCACCCCCAUGCUGAACCCCUUCAUCUACAGUCUGAGGAAUAAGGACAUCAAGAGCGCUCUGAAAAUACUCUUUGAGAAACUAUAA